GAUUCAUUUCCCCGAGAAAGAAAAAAAAAAAAAAAAUCUAAAGCCUUCAUUUCCUCCUCGUAUACAAAUAUGUGAAGGUCGGAGCGGAGCCACGUAUUUUCCCGGAGACCAAGCAUCAGUCCUUCGAACUUCGGGGGCUCAAAAUCUUGCCUCGUCGCCGAGUUCAGAAUUGGCUUAGCCAGGCCUCAUUUCCGGUGACAUGAACCUCAAUUUGGCGUGAGAUUGUAAAUUGUAGUCUGCGAGAUUACUGAAAUCAGUAUUGUAUAGGAUGAGUAGGUCGGGGAAGGAUAGAAGCAUCUGUGAAGGGGGGAGUACCUCAAAAGGAUUGGGUGCUACUAGUCGUCGAGAGAGGAAUGUGGUGGCAUCUGGAUAUCUUGAUCAUGAAAUUUUUCAGCUCACAAGGCUUAGGUCAGAACCGAAUGAGCUUCUUAGAUGCACUGUGAUGGGCAAGUCGAAGUUGCCUGUUUCCUCUGCGAAAAUGUUGGCUGGUCGAGAAUGUAACUACUCAGGCAGGGGUAGAUUCACAUCUGCAGAUUGUUGUCACAUUUUAAGCCGGUAUUUGCCUGUUAAAGGCCCUCAGGAAAUUGAUAGGAGGACGAGCUGUGCUUAUGUUUCCCUGUUUUCGGCUAAUGGUUCUCUCUGUGUUGCAGGAUUUCAGGACAGUGAAAUCAGGAUAUAUAACGUGGAUGAUGGAUGGAAGGUUCAAAAGGACAUUGUUGCCAGAAGCUUGCAUUGGACAAUUACUGAUGCCUCUCUUUCACCAGAUCAACGUUAUCUUGUUUAUUCAAGUAUGUGUCCUGUUGUGCAUAUUGUAAAUGUUGCCUCUGGAACAAGGGAAUCUCAUGCAAACAUAACGGAAAUUCAUGAGGGUCUGGAUUUUUCUACUGGUGAUAAUGGUGGCGGAUAUAAUUUUAGCAUCUUCUCUGUAAAAUUUUCAGCUGAUGGUCAAGAGCUUCUGGCAGCAAGUAAUGAUCAUUGUAUAUAUAUCUAUGAUCUCAGAGAAAAUAAGGUUACCCUUCGAAUUGGAGCACAUGAGUCUGAUGUUAAUUCUGUAUGUUUUGCUGAUGAGUGUGGCAAUCUUAUAUACUCGGGGAGUGAUGAUAACCUCUGUAAGGUAUGGGACAGGCGAUGCUCUGUUUCAAAUGGGCAAGCAGCUGGAGUUCUCGUUGGACAUCUAGAAGGCAUUACCUUUAUUGACAGUCGAGGAGAUGGCCGUUAUUUUAUCUCAAAUGGAAAAGAUCAGGCUAUUAAACUUUGGGAUAUUCGGAAAAUGUCCUCCAAUGUAACUCGCAGGACGAGUGAAAGGCUCAGAAAUUCUGACUGGGAUUAUAGAUGGAUGGAGUACCCACCUCAUGCAAGGAAUAAGAAACACCCUAAUGAUCAAUCAUUGGCAACAUAUAAAGGUCAUUCAGUCUUGCGCACCCUUAUACGCUGUCACUUCUCCCCAGCUUAUAGCACUGGUCAGAGGUACAUCUAUACGGGGUCUAGUGAUGCUUCUGUUUAUAUUUAUGAUCUGGUGAGUGGAGAUCAAGUGGCAAAACUCGACCACCACGAAGACAUUGUGAGAGAUUGCAGUUGGCAUCCAUACUACCCAAUGCUCAUCAGUUCAUCAUGGGAUGGUGUCAUCGCCCGAUGGGAGUUUCCCGGGAACGGGCAGCCGGCCAAUCCCUCGAGGCCAAUUAGAAGGCGAAGGAGAUAUUUUUAUUGAAUGCAAUAUUGGUUCUUUGGUUUGCUAAGAAAGGGUGACCGGCAAUGCCUCAUGGUUCUAGUGCAUGUAUUUCGACUGAGCUGUAUAUACGCAUACAGGUUAUGUUUCUUGCUUCAGAAUAAUUAGGUUUGCCUCGAGUGAAACAUCAAAUUUAUAGUUUAAACUUGAAGUGUUAUUGAUAUCA